AUGUCCGGGGCCAAACCAUCUCGGGGAGAGUUUCCGGACUCGGACCCGGAGGACUCGGAGGAGGAGCUGACGCAGGUGGUGUGUCUGGAGUCGGACCUGCAGGACGGACAGAUGAUGGAGGUGGAAGUGGGCCACCACAGCGUGCUGCUGACCCGCACCGAGGGCAGGUACAGCGCCAUCGGGAACCAGUGCACGCACUACGGCGCCCCGCUCAGCAAAGGCAUCCUCUCGGGCCACAGGGUGCGCUGCCCGUGGCACGGCGCCUGUUUCAACGUGCUGACAGGAGACAUGGAGGAGUAUCCCGGCAUGGACUGCUUGCCUUGUCACAAGGUGCAAAUUCAAAACAGCAAAGUGUACGUGUCUGUAAAUAAAAAGACUCUCAGGCAAGAAAAAAGGAUAAAGAGCAUGGGAUCAGCAGUACCAGGAGUCACACACACCAUCAUCCUGCUGGGAGGAGGAGCUGCGUCGCUGAGCUGUGCCGAGAUCCUGCGGCAGGAGCGCUUCGGCGGCAGGAUCAUCAUGGUCACCAGAGACGACCUCUUACCCUACGACAAAACCCGACUGAGCAAGGUCAUGAACGUGGAGAGUGAGACCAUCCUGCUGCGGAGGAGGGAGUUCUUCCACCAGUACGACAUCGAGGUGUGGCUCCGGAAGGAGGCGCUGUCAGUCGACACAGACAAGAAGACGGUGGCGUUCGACGACGGUUCAGUGCAGAGCUACGACCAGCUCCUCAUCUCCACAGGCUGCAGGGCUAAAGGUCUGGACGUGCCCGGCAUGAAGCUGGACAACGUGAUGAUGCUGGAGACGCCAGAGGACGCCCGGCAGAUCCACGCCGCCUGCACGGGGACCAACGUGGUGCUCGUGGGAACCUCCUUCGUCGGCAUGGAGGUGGCGUCUUACCUGAUAGACAAGUCCAGCAGCAUCACGGUGAUCGGCAGCAGCGACCUGCCGUACCAGAACACUCUGGGCCGCGAGAUCGGUAAAUUCACGUUGACGAUGCUGUCAGAGAGAAACGUCAAGUUCUACAUGAAUGAUAAUGUGACGGAGGUCAAAGGUGUGGAUGGCAAGGUGAAAGAAGUGGUGCUGAAAAGUGGAAAAGUGAUCCCGGCUGAUGUUCUGAUCGUUGGUGUUGGCAUCUUCCCGAACUCUCAGUUCCUGCAGGGCAGUAAAAUCACGAUGGACUCCAAACACUUUGUGAUCGUCGACAAGUACAUGCGCACCAACGUCCCGGACGUGUUCUGCGCCGGCGACCUGGCCACGUUCCCUCUGGCCAUGGCCAAGAACCGGCUGGUCAACAUCGGACACUGGCAGAUGGCUCAAGCGCACGGGAGGAUCGUCGCUCUGAACAUGAUCAACAAGGCAACUGAACUCAACUCAGUUCCUUUUUACUGGACCGUCCUACUGGGUAAAACCAUCCGAUACGCAGGCUACGGCGAGGGAUACACUGAGAUUGUAAUGAAAGGCAAGUUUGAGGACAGGAAGUUCCUGGCGUUGUACAUCAAGGAUGACGAAGUCAUAGCAGCAGCGGGUCUGAACUACGACCCGGCGGUGUCCGCCGUCGCCGAGAGGCUCGUAACGGGAAACGUCAUCACAAAGGCAGAGGCCCAAUCAGACGACCUGAGCUGGCUGCAGCUGUCCUGAUGCUCGGACGCCGCCGUCCAGCCGUUGCCUCCUCAGCGAGCAGAGACGGAGACGGA